GUCUGACCCACUGUGCUUUCUCUUCAGUCCCAAGAGUCUCUAUCCAGAUUUAAGUACCUGCCGAAAUGUUUCACUUACAAGGCCCACAAAUGCUGCAGAUGCUAGAGAAAUAUUUGAUAAAGAGCCUACCAGAAUCCUUAAAGGUUUAUGGAACUGUAUUUCACAUGAAUCAAGGAAACCCAUUCAAUCUAAAAGCUCUUGUGGACAAGUGGCCUGAUUUUAACACAGUGGUUAUCAGCCCUCAGAAACAGGAGAUGAUAGAUGAUUUUGAUCACUACACCAAUACUUACCAGAUCUAUUCUAAGGAUCCAGAGCACUGCCAAAAAAUCCUUGAAACACCAGAUGUCAUCAAUUGGAAACAACAUUUGCAGAUCCAGAGUACACAAUCCAGCCUGAAUGAGGUGAUGCAGAAUCUUGCAAGAACAAAAUUGGUUAAGAUCAAGCAUACACAAUGCUUUCUCUAUAUGUUUCCCGAAACUGCAGGGAAACUGCUACCUUCCCUGUUGGAAGCAAAGAAUUUACCUCUUAAGUCUGGCAGACCCAAGCCAAUUAAUGAAGAGAUGUUUAAGUGCUCGUCCCUGGAUGUUACCCACGCUGCCUUGGUGAAUAAGUUCUGGUAUUUUGGAGGCAAUGAAAGGAGUCAGCGAUUCAUUGAACGCUGUAUCCAAAAAUUCCCCACAAUCUGCCUAUUGGGGCCAGAGGGGACCCCUGCAUCCUGGUCCCUGAUGGACCAGACCGGAGAGAUACGAAUGGGAGGCACUGUGCCUGAGUACCGAGCCCAGGGUCUCAUUUCUCACACCUUAUAUGAGUUCAUUCAGAUUCUGAACAACCUUGGCUUCCCUUUAUAUAACCACACAGCAAAAGACAACAAAAUCAUACAGAAAAUGAGUAGCAAUCUUCACCACAUCCCCAUGCCCUGUGACUGGAACCAGUGGAAUUGUGUGCCGCUCGAAGAUCCCUGAUCAAUAGACAGUAUUGGGUGGGUUGGUCGUGAGGCAAAAGGAAAGAUGGGUAGGUAGAGAUAAAUGUAAACUUUAGUGAAGCAGCAUGUACUGUUUGGGCUUCAGGAGAGCAGUUGAAUGAACCGCAGAGUCCACUCAAUGGAAUCCUCCAAGGUACCUGCUCACAAAGCACUCAUGGUCCUCCCCUUGGCGCCAGAAACAUUGACAAGGCUCAGACUUCCUGUGGUAGACUCUGGUCUCAUUCAAUUUCUUACAAUUUGGGAUUUUUUGCAUGCCUCCCUAACGGUUCUCCCAGAAUUCCUAUUUGACAUAUAAAUCAUUGCCAAUAGAUGUAUUUUGCUAGAUUUUUCAAGAUGUGAUUUUUUUAAUGGGAAUCAUAAUUUUCCUUAUAUCUUUAUAUUACCCUCCUACCUCAAUAUUUAUAAAUGUAUAAUUAAUUUAAA